CAUCUCUCCACCAAGCUCCCUCUCCCUAAAAAUCUCUUGGGCUCUUUCCACUUUCCAAUCUCCCGACUGGGAGGAUCACAGCUACUCCCCCCAUUUAACAUCGGCGGCGCAGAGCACAGCGGCGCGUCCCUGCGCCCUGACUGGAACAUAUACACACGCACGAGCAUUGGCAUACGCAAACAGCACGUUUCCUGUCCCUGUGUGACACCCACCCUCGUCGCGCUGACGCUCCAACCCUCGCGCGGUGCCCUUCUCCCGCCACACACACUCGCACACGCACGCACUCUCGUGCAGGGUCGAGGCGAAGGCAGCUUGCCCGCAGCCACUUGGAGGCGACCGGCGCCAGUCUAGCAGAACCCAUGGCGUCUCCGGGCUCCGGCUUUUGGUCCUUCGGAUCUGAAGAUGGCUCUGCGGAUCCCGAGAACCCGGGCACAGCGAGAGCGUGGUGCCAGGUGGCCCAAAAGUUCACGGGCGGCAUUGGAAAUAAGCUGUGCGCUCUGCUCUACGGAGACUCCGGGAAGCCAACAGAGGGCGGAGGGAGCGAGACCUCUCGGGCCGCCACCCGGAAGGUCGCCUGCACCUGCGACCAAAAACCCUGCAGCUGCCCCAAAGGGGAUGUCAAUUACGCGUUUCUGCACGCAACAGACCUGCUGCCAGCGUGUGAUGGAGAAAGGCCCACUCUGGCAUUUCUACAAGAUGUUAUGAACAUUUUGCUUCAGUACGUGGUGAAAAGUUUCGAUAGAUCAACUAAAGUGAUCGAUUUCCAUUACCCCAAUGAGCUUCUUCAAGAGUAUAAUUGGGAAUUGGCAGACCAACCACAAAAUCUGGAGGAAAUUUUGACGCAUUGCCAAACAACUCUAAAAUAUGCAAUUAAAACAGGACAUCCCCGAUAUUUUAAUCAGCUGUCUACUGGAUUAGAUAUGGUUGGAUUAGCAGCAGACUGGUUGACAUCAACAGCAAACACUAACAUGUUCACCUAUGAGAUCGCCCCUGUAUUUGUGCUACUAGAAUAUGUUACACUAAAGAAAAUGAGAGAAAUCAUUGGCUGGCCAGGGGGCUCUGGCGAUGGAAUCUUUUCUCCUGGUGGCGCCAUCUCCAACAUGUAUGCCAUGCUCAUUGCCCGCUACAAGAUGUUUCCAGAAGUCAAGGAGAAGGGGAUGGCAGCGGUGCCCAGGCUCAUCGCGUUCACAUCAGAGCAUAGUCACUUUUCUCUCAAGAAGGGAGCUGCAGCCUUAGGGAUCGGAACAGACAGUGUGAUUCUGAUUAAAUGUGAUGAGAGAGGGAAAAUGAUUCCAUCUGAUCUUGAAAGAAGAAUCCUUGAAGUCAAACAGAAAGGAUUUGUUCCUUUCCUGGUGAGUGCCACAGCUGGAACCACUGUGUAUGGGGCUUUUGAUCCUCUCUUGGCUGUAGCUGACAUCUGCAAAAAGUAUAAGAUCUGGAUGCACGUGGAUGCUGCUUGGGGUGGAGGGUUACUGAUGUCCCGGAAACACAAGUGGAAGCUGAGCGGUGUAGAGAGGGCCAAUUCUGUGACAUGGAAUCCUCACAAGAUGAUGGGUGUCCCCUUGCAGUGUUCAGCUCUCCUGGUUAGAGAGGAGGGACUGAUGCAGAGCUGCAACCAGAUGCAUGCUUCCUACCUCUUUCAGCAAGAUAAGCACUAUGACCUGUCCUAUGACACAGGAGACAAGGCCUUGCAGUGUGGACGCCAUGUCGAUGUCUUUAAAUUAUGGCUCAUGUGGAGAGCAAAGGGGACUACUGGGUUUGAAGCACACAUUGAUAAGUGUUUGGAGCUGGCAGAGUAUUUAUACAAUAUCAUAAAAAACCGAGAAGGGUAUGAAAUGGUGUUUGAUGGGAAGCCUCAGCACACAAAUGUCUGCUUCUGGUUUGUACCUCCUAGUCUGCGCACUCUGGAAGACAAUGAAGAGCGAAUGAGCCGCCUCUCAAAGGUGGCGCCAGUGAUUAAAGCCAGAAUGAUGGAGUAUGGCACCACAAUGGUCAGCUACCAACCCUUAGGGGACAAGGUCAACUUCUUCCGCAUGGUCAUCUCAAACCCUGCAGCAACUCACCAAGACAUUGACUUCCUUAUUGAAGAAAUCGAACGCCUGGGACAAGAUUUGUAAUCACCUUGCUCAUCAAUCUGUUUCAGUUCUCUAGGUAGACAGCUAAGUUGUCACAAACUGUGUAAAUGUAUUUGUAGUUUGUUCCAGAAUAAUUCUAUUUCUAUAUUGUGGUGUCACAGUAGAGUACAGUUUAAAAAAUCAAAACCAGUCAGGUGGUGGUGGUGGUGCACGCCUUUAAUCCCAACACUUGGGAGGGAGAGGCAGGUGGAUUUCUAAGUUCAAGGCCAGCCUGGUCUACAAAGCGAGUUCCAGGACGGCCAGGGGCUAUACAGAGAAACCCUGUCUCGGAAAAACCAAAAAACAAAGAAAUCAAAACCAACAGGAAACAUCACUCCUUUUAAAAAUCUUUUCUUAAGUUUAGAAUACCUCUCUAAUAAUUAGUGACAAAAGGCUGUGUUCUAAUCAGUAAGAGAAAGUAUAAAAUUGUUAUAAAUACUUCCCUUUUAAUAUAGUAUGCUAAUCCAACCUUAUUUUCACUUCAGAGCAGUAGUACUAAAUAGUGCCAAAUCACCCUUGAAUCAUAAAAGGUUCUCUGGGGUGCAGUGAAAAGGACAAAGUAAAUAUAAAAUGUAUGUGGACAAGAAAAACUCUUGCCUUUUUCAUAGUAUUAGGAAAAGAAUUUCUAAUUUACCUAGAGCAACAUUUCAAAUGUAUUUAAAUACAUAUAAUUUUACAAAAAGAAAAAUAUAUAUUAAAAGAAAUCCUAUUUUGUAACAUAUAGAUUUUAUUUUAUAUGGGUUAUACAGACUUCAGAGGCAGAUAUGAAACCUAAGUCAGAGUUAUUUCUUUACUUUUUUCUAUCUUUCUUCUCAUGGAGGCACAAUAAAACACUUUAGCAAGAUAAUUUUAACAUAGAACCCACAAAAUUCUUUUAAAAUGUAAUAACUUACUUUAGUAUAUAUUGUGGCUUAUCAUAUCCUUAAAGCUAGUAUUUCAAAACAAACACACACAAAAAUGAAACUUCUAAAAACAAUUGACCAGAUGAACAAUUAAGAUUCUCUUCCUGUUUAGAUGUUGCACUAGUUGGCCUAGCAGACCUCGUCUAGAAGCCUGGAAAGCCCAGCUUGGCCCCAGAUCCAGGCAAGCACGUCCACUCCUUCCCGUGCAGCCUGCUUUCAACCAAAGGUUGAUAUUAGUCCUUGAAGUGUCUUUUCAAACCAUAUUCUUUUAUUAGAUCAUCUGGAUUAAUUAGGAAAAAGAGCUAAAAAUAAAACCUAAUCAACCCUAGCAAAGAGGGGUACAGCACACUCUUUAAGUGUGAUAAGCACAGAAUAUUAAACCCAGUCAUGGGUGUCGAGACCUCUGUGUGAAAAUAAUGGCUUCCUCCCAAUACCAUUUUACUACUGUCUAGGGAAAGGGUCGUUUGCAUCCCAGAUGCUCUCUUCUUCAGAUUUCUUCUCCAUCCCACACUUUAAAGUCUCUCCUGCUAGACUCCCUGCCCCCAGACCCCUAAUAAUGAAUUACUGUACCAUGUGGCUCUUUUCCUUUCCUGAAAUGAGUUCCUCAUGCAAGCAAUUUCAAGGUAGCCUAAGAACUUCUUUUAUCUGCCUCCCAUCAAGACCCACAGUGACUAGAAUGUGCAGAGAUCGCUAAAAUUCAAAUCAAGAGUUUGAAAAUACGUUUCUUUCCCUGUAAACUGGAUGGGGAGCUAUUAACAGCUCCCAUGGUAACUGUAAGUCACAGAUGAACAGACCUAAGUACUAGUAGAACUAUGGCCUUUUACAUGCAAAAGGCAGGUACCAGUCUGGAAGCAUUCUCCCGCUCCAUAUGAAUGGGCCUUUCAGUACUCAGAAAGACACAGGAACAGAAGAAAGAAGGCCCUGUCCCUAUCUACCACAAAUCUUCACGACUUUGCACAGACAUUAUUUGACUAGGCAUACUGAUCCUCAGUAUGGCUGUAGCUUCGGUCCCUUGCUGUCUAAACUGCCAAUGGAUGCCCAGAAGCACAGAAAAGAAAACAACCUGUGCCCCAGAGUGUCAUGAAGUAGUUCAGUACUCCCUAAUGGACAAGCAUAACUUUCCUUUCUCAAACCUGGCUGCGGAGAGUAAGCUUCAGGCCCACAGAUCUCACUUUCCAGGCAGAGACUCACUUAUCAAACCCAGUGUCCCACUUAGAGAAGGUUUUGAUAGAUGGAAAGCUUAGCCUUUGGGGGACAGACUUAGUAGCUCAAGCUGGCUUCUAGUUUGAUAAGAUGACAGAACUGAAAAAGAACUUGUGUCCAUGUACUUUUUGCUAGUGAAUUGGAUCUCCAAUCCCCUUCCUCUCCAGAUUCUUCCUCAAAAUUUCUAGGAGCCUUGCUCAGGCAUGCAAAUCUCUUCAUACUAUAUCCUAGAAAAGGAGGUGCAUGCAUGCCCACCAGUACUUUAAUAGAUCCUCUACAGUAGCUCUGCCAUCCACUCAGGAGAGUGCGAAGGAAAAUGGGAAGAAAGAGUAAUAAUGGAGGGAGACUGUAUGAACAUUGGUCCAAAUCUCCAGUACCAAAGGUCUCUAUCUGUGACUUUUUUCUUUUUUCUUUUUAAACAUUGGUUUCAGUUUUAAUCAGAAUUGAUAUGGCCAUUUUUAUUUAUAUAGCAAUACUUCAUUUAUUAUUUAAAAUACUUGAAAAAAAGUGCAGUAUGUAUUUAUUUAAGACUUCUAAGUGGUAUAGACUUCAUGUACUGUCACAGGAUUUGAAGAAAGAAAAUCAAGUGUGUGUGUGUGUGUGUGUGUGUGUGUGUGUGUGUGUGUGUUGCUGUUAGUACAUCGUUAGUACUGUCUUGUCACCUCAGAUUGAGGUUGUGCACUUUAUAUUGAAUUGUGUGGUGUUGCAAAUCAACAUGUGUUGCUGUAAAAGCUUGCACAAUGUAUUAUCAGUGUGUCUUCUUCUAUGUGGUAGUUGUAUUGAACUUUGAGAUUUUGAGAACUACAUUUGCAUCCAUUCCUGUCCUUGCCUCUCUUCUCCCUCACCCUUUCAUCCAGUCCCAAGCUGUGUGCCCUCUUCAUUGGCUCUUAGAGAAAGCAUAACCUCAACUAAGUCCCACCCUAAGAAAUCUCUUUGACAACUGUGUGAUCACAUACAAACUGCUUCAUCUCUGAGGCCAGAGAAACCAAUUAUAGAGUGUCACAGGCUACUGACAGUGCAGGUAUUGACUCUACAGGGUCUUGGAGAAGGUGCUGCUCCUCAGAACAUGGACAAAGGAUGCACAGGUGUAAAUAUAGUAACAGGACAAAGAAGCAAAAACAUCAAACCAGGUAUCAUCUUGCACGUGCUUUUCUGUUUUCAAGUGCUAAACUCAAACACUGUGUAUUAAUUAGUUGUGUAUGCAAAGAUCUUGUUGCAAAAUGGUGUUUCUGAAUAAUGUCAACAUUUCCCCAGCAUCCCUACAUUAACUAAAGACAGAAAAAA